UGUUUUCAUUUGUGACGCAAAAUCAUCUGUUUACCAGUGUUUACAAACACCAUACUUUUGUCUUCUAUACUUACAUUUUACCCAGCAUAACAGUCAUCAGAGAUUGUCCGAUGGAAUGAAAAUAACUCGAUAACGAUGGUCUAACAAGAAUACAAUAGCCUGGAUGGGUAUUUAGCCCAGGAGACUGCGAGAAACAUCCGUUUAUCAGCCAAACUCAACAAUAAUUGCAAAGGACAUUUCAGAAACUCGGUCAGAGGGAAAUAAUUUUGAAUCGGAGUGACGUUAGUGUUUUGAGUUUACAUGAUUAUGAUACGUGAUCGAUAUUUCCUUUAAAGUCGCAGAAGUGAAUUUGUGGAGAAUGAACGCAAGGUCUCAGGUGUUUGAGCUGUCUGUGGAAGGACGACAGAUCGAGGAGGUUGUACAGAGUAUUUUCCACACGCUGCUCAUGCAUCGAACACUUGGAAAGUUCCACUACAAGCAGGAGGGAAGCUACUCCAUCGGCACUGUUGGAAUCAUGGACGUCGACUGUGACUACAUUGAUUUCACCUAUGUCCGUGUAGCAUCUGAAGAACUGGACCAGAAUCUGCGCAGGGAAGUCAGCAUGUUCCGAGACACGCUCCGUAGCCAUGACGGUCCAGGAUCUGGUCAGAUAUCCCUGGAGUUCUACCAGAAGAAGCGAGCGCGCUGGCCCUUCCAGUCGGAGUGUAUCCCGUGGGAGGUGUGGACGGUCAAGCUGGACAUCAUCACACUGGCCAAUGAGCACGAGCGGCAGGUGUGCAGGGAGAGGCUGGGCGAGGUGCUAGCGGAGAAGGUCAUGUACGUGGCCGACACCAUGAACAGACACGAAUACGUCCCCAAGAUGCCAAACCAGUCAGAUCUCGAUCUCAUCUUCGACACCGUGCAUUUCGACGUGCAGCCAUAUCUCUUCAGGAUAUCGCAUCAGACGACCGGCCCAGCAGCAUCUGCAUCAGUCGGCACCACCAUGAGGAAGUUCCUGAAGGACACGUUGGCAUUAUAACAAAUACCCAACAUAGGGGAUAAUGACUAGACCAGUAGUACGUUAUACUGAUAUCUCCCUCUCGAAACACUCACUUGAGAUUAACUCAGUGUACAAUGUAUACAACAUAGGUUAUGCCUCAAGGAGGACAUGCUUUCUGUCCUUACAGCCCCAAAUAGGCAUUUUAAACAUGAUAUUUCAUGCUUAUCACAGUACCUUUAAACAAUGCAUGAACGCAAGUGGGGAUCAUGUGAUUGUUGUCUGCCUAUGACCGUUUCUCAUCCAAUCAUCAUGGUAUUUAGUUAGGGAAGACGUUCUUAUGACCUGUUGUAAAGCACUUGUAUGAAAGGCUUUGCACACAUUGGGCAAUAUGUAGGGCCGCAUGUUGCCAAAGUGUUCGGAGCUGAUAUUAGGGCACAAUAUUUUCUCUGGCAUGAUUCAAAGGCAUGAUUCAUUUCAGAACCAAUAAAUGAACCAGUGCCAGGUUUGGACGAUCAUUACUGAAUGUUAUUAUUUUUUGUUUAUAGUCAUCUUGGAAAUGUUAAGGAGCCUCUUCAUGUAUCAGGGGGCACGGGUGGCCCAGUCGUCUGAGGCACUGCGAUUCGCUGUGCAGAGUUGCAUCCCUUGGGCACGCCAGAAACCUAUGAUUGUGGGUUCGAAUCCCGGUUCGCCCCGAU